GUUACCUGAUUACCGCUGGGUUUCCUGGGAGGCGGAGGAUGGCUCUCCCAAGGAAGAUCUCUCACUCUUGCUCUGCGGGCGUGCUGCCCACGUUUACCCACCUCAGGGUGGGAAGGGAUGGAAUGGUGAUGGUGCCGGCACCCACCCGCCCUCCUGCAGCCCACCAUGGCCACGUCCACAUCCCACAUGGAUCACAGCUACUGAGGGUGUGGGUAGAGGUGCGGGGAGCAGGACUGUAUGCGUACCCACACAGGGCAGCCUCCCUACCAUCUCUGGUGGUGCCCCAGCUCGACCUCUGUGACGUCACGGUCUCCCGGGAGGACACAAGCCCAGCCUACCGUGUUUCCCUCUCUCUUAGGGGUAGUGAACAAGCGAGUGUGUACUUGAGCAGCGAGGAGGAGGCAAACAUGUGGGCCACUAAACUACGGGUUACAGCAGUCAGAAGAUCCUUGCAGCUGGAGGGCCUCAAUCUGGAGUGUGGCGCUGCAGAUUACCCAUUCCCUGGGACUGAAGGGGACGCAUGUGGGGACCUUUCUUCCUGCUCCUGCACCCCCUUGCAUGAGGAUGAGGUGGAGGAGGAUGAUGAUGAGGAAGAGCUUGCUAGGAAAGCUCUAAACACCGUAUUCGGCUUCCUCCACCCAUGUUAUUGCGAGCAGGACUACCCCGGCAGCGGAGACUCCUGUGAAGCAGAGAGUCAGGGGGAGGAGGACGAAGAGGGCGAAGGAGGGCAUUGUGGGCCGCUGCUGCUGGAGACUUCUGCGGAUAGUGUCGUCAAUCAUGGUGUGCGCCUCCGUCAUCCCCGUCGCCUCUGCCAAGAGAGUACCAGAGACGACGCCUCCAGGAGGGAGCUCCUCCAACAAAUGUUGACCACAAAGUCACUCCUGGAGAAGAAGCAGAAAAAUCGGCGAUCAGGGGCUGGAGCGUGGAUGGUGACAGCUGGGGAGGUAGCUAACGAGUACGACAGAGCUCAACAUGAAGCACAACAGUCAGCCCUGAGGAAGGUGGUCAUUCUACGUCAACGCAAAAACUCCACGGCCAUAAAGAUGGCGACGUUGGAGAGGCAGCAGUCUUCGAAGAAGAAGAGGGAAGCGGACGUGACAGUGCAGCUGGAGGCGCUGAGGACGAGGCUUUCAUCCCUGGACACCCAGCUGAAGGAGAGCGAGCAGGACACUGAAAGGAUGCUGCAGGACCUCGAGCACAGGCGCAACCAGGAGCUGCACCUCAUCCAGGAUCUAGGCUGCGUGGAUGAGGACCUCGGGAAUGUGACCAGCUGUGGCAGUGAGGACACCAACCUCCUCAAGGGUUCUCGUGGAGGAUCACUCAAAGGUUCUUCUCAUGGAGGUUCGCUCAAGAGCUCUCAUGGCAGCACACUCAUGGGCUCCCUCCCCUCCAUCGUCGUCUCCUCCGGCGAAAGAAAAUCGCCAGAAAAAAUCUUUGGGAUCAAGGUGGGAGGAUUUGAAGGUCGACUGAAGGGGCGUAACCCACUACAUUUCCUGGAUCUGAAGCUUCGGGUGUCCCGACGCCACAAGAGUAGUGAAUGUCUGACCACAGCCGCCACUCACACCCCAGACAUGUCUCUCAGCAGCACGCCAGCCAACGUGUCCAGCAGUGACAACAGCAGCGACGAGGAGCUUUACCAUCACAAGCAGCAGCAGCAGCAGCACCAGCAUCACGAUGGACCUCCAGUGAUAAGGUCGGAGAUCAGCAAGGAGGCUCUGCAGGAGAUUGAGGCCUUUAAAGAGCUGAUUCAACGCUACUUCUCCACACAUCCUCGCCACGACAGCAUCACACCC